GCGCCAUCUAUGAUUGCGUAGAUCGUGGAUCAACAUCAGCUCGAGAAACAAGCACUGAUCAAGAAAUUAAAAGAUAAAGAUGAAAGGACCCUAUAAGCCAAACAUUAGUGCAUUGAUGAGUGAUUCUAAUGAUGGUUCUGGAACUGAAAGUGAUAACUAUUCUAAUGAUGAAACCGAUAAAAUUGAAGAAGAUUAUCAGGAAGCACUAGAAGAUAAAGGAGACGAAAUACAAGAGGAUAGCAUACAAGAAGUUACACGUAUAACAUCUGAGAAGAAAAGGAAAAAAGUCACUGAUGAUGUUACAGAUGUUAUUCCAGGAAAAAAAAAGAAAUUACACAAGGAACUUUAUAAACAGCCAACAGUUGAGGAAUUAAAUCAACUUAGAGAAACAGAAAAUUUAUUUCAUUCUAACUUAUUUAGAUUGCAAAUAGAGGAAAUGUUAAAUGAAGUUAGAAUUAAAGACAAGUACAAACGUCUGUUUGAGGCUUGGUUCAAGCAAUUCGAAAAGACUGUAAAUUCAAUAAAAGAAACGGAGGAAUAUGAGCUUUCAGAUAGAACAUUAAAAAAAGAAUUGAAAGUUCACAUUCCUAAACUCAAUAUUCGAAAUAAAACAAAAGCAGUAUUUAAAUUUUUGAAGCCAUCUCAAAUAGCUGUGAUAGGGUCUUAUGGAUACAAUGCUAUAGUUGGUCCAAACAUUACUGUGGAUGUGAUGAUUGAAAUGCCUGCAAAGAUGUUUAGAAAACUGGACUAUAAGAACUAUACAUAUAUAAAGAAGAAAGCAAUAUAUCUAGCAUACAUAGCAUCUAACAUUACUGAUGAUAUCGCUGAAGAGAGAAAGUUUGUUGGAGAUCAUUUGAGACCAAUCUUAAAGAUUGUACCUACUGGAAAACUAGGUACAAAAAUUAAUGUACUAGUGCACAUAACGGCCCAAGAAGAGAGUUUUAAAUUAAAUAGAUUUCAGGCAGAAAAAAAUGGUGUCAGACCCAAGUUCUUCUCAGUUAAAGCAGCAAAUGAAUGUUUACCACCAACUCCACAUUAUAAUUCUAUAAUUCUUCGUGACUUAGUAGCCUCAAGAACAAACUCAAAAAUUUUAAAUAUAAUUAAAGAAUAUCCAAAUCUGAGAGAUGGUAUUAUGUUACUAAAAAUAUGGCUAACACAACGUGAAUUGACAAAAGGUUACGAGGGCUUCAGUGGACACAUUAUGACAAUGUUUGUUCUGUAUUUAUUAUCUAUUCAGAAGUUAAAUACUUUUAUGAGUAGUUAUCAAAUAGUCAGAAACGUGUGGCAUCAAUUAGGUCAAGUCAGUUGGCAUGAAAGUGGAAUAACAAUGAGUCAAGACGAAGAUAGUAGGGACAGAGUUUCAAUUUAUAAAAAUUAUUACGACUGUGUUUUCCUAGAUAGUACUGGUUAUUAUAACAUUGCAUCAUAUUUAUCCAAAAGCACUUUUUCUUGGAUUCAAAGAGAAGCAGAGCUAUGCUUGCAUCACUUGGAUAGUGCACAUGUGGAUAGUUUUCAAUCACUUUUCAUGAGAAAAGUGUCGUUUUACAAAGCAUUUGAUCAUGUUAUACGUCUCAAGGGUAUUAAAAAAAAUGGUGUAUUCGAAAUUCUGAAAUCUGUGCCAAGAAGCAAUGACGACUUGGAUUACGGACCUAAUUAUCGUAGUCGAGUAAUUAAAAUAAUUUAUAACGUGCUAAAACAAGGAUUAACCAAUAGAGUACAGUACAUAUGUGUGUUACCAGAAGACUUUACAGAAUGGGAAUGUACAAAAAAGAGAUCAAAUUACAUUGGAGACAUUUUUAUUGGACUGGAAUUAAAUCCAGAAUUUUGUUUCAAUGUAGUGGAUAAAGGGCCUGAAGCUAAUUUACCGGAAGCAGCAGAAUUCAGGAAAUUCUGGGGAACAAACUCGGAAUUACGUCGAUUUAAAGAUGGAUCUAUUCAGGAAGCAGUAGUUUGGGCAAGCGGCAAAUCCAUGUAUGGAAAGAGAAUAAUAUGUAGGAAAAUUGCAAUUUUUUUACUGUUGAAAAAGCUUCAUAUGAAGAAUGGGGAUUUUACGUAUAUUGCCCAUGAAAUGGAAGAGGUUCUACAGUUAGAAAAGGUUCACUUGUCGCAUUUCUUGUAUGGUACUGGUGAAGGUGCUUCAUUGAAAGUGAUAAACGCUUUCAAUAACCUUGAAAAACAACUAAUGGAUCUAACUGAUAUUCCUUUAUCAAUCCACGGAGUUCAAGGAGCUAGUGCAGUUUUUCGAUAUACGGAUGUUUUUCCACCAAUCGCAACAGUUCAUAAACCCGACAAUAAGCUUAGUAAGGAAAGCAAAAAUUGUUUAAUACUGUCAGAUAAUAUAACUAAUGCUCCCAAAUACGUUACUCCACUCGAUGUGUGCCUGCAAUUAUCUCUGAGUGGCAAGUGGCCAGACGAAUUGGAAGCUUUCAGAAAAACAAAGGCUGCUUUUUACAUACAAAUUGCAGAAUGUCUUAGGAAGCAGAAUACGUUAGUAGCAAAUGCAAACUACUCGCAUCUCGAUGUGUAUAAGGAAGGAUUUGUCUUCCGUUUGAGGAUAGCGCACCAAAAGGAAAUUAGUUGUGUCAAGCAACAAAUAACAGAAGAUGGUAUUAAACAGUAUAUAGACAACGAUGAGUCAAUCGAGUUAGAAAGUAAAUUAUUUGAAUUACCGAAGCUAACUAGUGCCUUACACGGAUUACAUGUUCAACAACCUUCGUUUGGAACGGCUUGUUGUAUAACGAAACGGUGGCUCUCUGCUCAAUUAUUGGAUGAUUCUCACAUACCAGAUGUUGUGGUUGAAUUACUGGUAGCUUCAAUGUAUUUAACACCAGCUCCGUACAGACCUCCUCAACUUCCUCAGGUGGCAUUCCUAAGGAUGUUAGAAAUUUUUGCCAGAGGACAUUGGACUACAGAUCCUGUGAUUGUUAAUUUUAACAAUGAAAUGACCAAGGAAGAAAUUGUAGCAGUGGAAACUUUGUUUGGCUCAUCUCGUAAAUCCUUACCGCCUUUAUUUAUAUCUACCCCCUAUGAUCAGCAAAAAUCAUUAUGGACCAAGAAAGCACCAACCAUUCUGGUUUUAAAUCGUAUCACAGCUUUGGCAAGGCAAUCUUUAAAAUUAUAUGAAGGUCAAAUUUGUACGAAAGUUUUCUUAGAUGUGAAGCCUUUAUUUAGGCCAGCACUCACAGAAUAUGACUGUUUAAUACACUUGAAGCCAGUUAUGGUUCCCAGAAGAAGACAAGCAAUUGAUGUCAGCGAAUAUUCUCUCUUUGAUGUGCAUCCUUAUAAGUAUCAUACUGCACAAAAGAUACCGAUCGUAGACUUCGAUCCUGUACAAUUUUUCUUGAAGGAAUUGAGGAACGGAUAUGAUGAAUUUGCAUUAUUCUUUCAUGAUACUUACGGCGGUACAGUAAUAGGAGUAUUAUUUAAACCGUCUGCUUUAGAAAGUAAAGACUUCAAAGUAACAAAUGUUAGUUGUUGCAAGCUCAACGACGAUGAUCAGCUGCUUUUAAAUGUCUCGGCAAUGGUUCAAGACUUUUAUAUUCUCGGAAAAGAUUUGAUAGAAUCCAUUAAUGUGCAAUCGAAGAGGUUUUCCUUGGAAUGAUGAUUUUUCCGAGAAAUCUUAGGUUUCAUUUUAUAUUAAUGAAAUUGAAUUGUAAUAUAAAUACCUAUUUGAAAGUUGAUAUUUAUAUUGUACAAAGAGCAAUGUUGUUUGAAGUGUAUAUGACGUAAUAAAUUUUUGUACAUUA